AUGUCCACCAAUGCUGUCACGUCACUCUACCGCCGGUCGCUGAAGCUCGCGCUGGACUGGGCUGUCCACAGACACAUUUGGAGAGGACAGGCGGUUUAUAUACGAUCGCUCUUUGAGGCAAACAAAGAAAUUCGCGACCCUCGGCAACAGAAAGUAUCCGAUACCUUCGCAGUCGCUGAGCGACCCUUCAUAAGCUCCCCGCUCACCAGCACACAGGUCAUCCUCCAAGAGACCGAGAAGCUACUCGAAACAUGGAAACACCCUGACCCCUACCGUGCACCUACGGCCCCCGGUGGAAGCAAAUACGAGAGGAACCUACCUGCUCGUCAACUACCUUACGCUGGAGAUGGUGGACAUCAUUAA